AUGGCGGAGGAGCGGGCGGGGAGCCGCAGACAAAGAGCCGGGGCCGGAGCCGAGCGGGCACCGGGGCCAGGAGGGGGCGGCCCGGGGGCGGGGACGCGGCGGGGGCGGCGGCCAGAGGCACCGGGGAGCCGAGCCCGGGAGCGGGGCGGCGGGGGAGCUGGGGCUGCGCUGGCCGGGAACAAAAGGCUCCUGCUGCCCGCCGAGAGCGGCCGUGGCCUGGGGCUCCGGAGCACCAUGUCCCGCAGGGAGCCCGGCUGCUUCUGGGGGGCCCUGCUGACCCUCUGCAGCCUGAGCGCAGCCCAGCCCCGAGACAGGCAGGGCUAUUUGAUUGCAGCACCUUCUGUUUUCCGAUCGGGUGUUGAGGAAGCCGUAAGUGUAACCAUCUUUAACUCUGUCAAGGAGACAACAGUCCAGAUCCAGUUAGUAGUCAAAGGAGAAACUGUGUCACGAGGCCACGGAACAGUUCUGGAUAAAGGAACAAUUAAACUGAAGGUCCCUUCAGGGCUUCGUGGACAAGCCCAUCUAAAAGUCUGGGGCAACAGGCAUCUAGCAGAGGAAGGCUACAUUUUUCACAACUAUACCACAGUGACCAUUGAUAGCAAAGGAUCUUCAGUGUUCAUCCAGACUGACAAACCUGUCUACAAACCCAAACAGAAAGUGUUGAUAAACCUCUUUAUGGUGACUUCUGACCUGAGACCAGUCAAUGACAGGAUUGAGGCUUAUGUGGUGGAUCCUCGGGGCUCUCGGAUGAUCGAGUGGAGCAAUUUGAAGCCAUUUUGUUGUGGUAUUGUCAAUAUGACUUUUCCUUUGUCUGACCAGCCAGUGUUUGGUGAAUGGCUCAUCUUUGCUGAGAUGCAAGGGCACACGUACAACAAAUCCUUUGAAGUGCAGAAAUAUGUGUUGCCAAAGUUUGAGCUGCUAAUUGACCCCCCUCGCUACAUUCGGGACCUUGCACUGUGUGAGAAAGGAACUGUCCAUGCCAGGUACACAUUUGGAAAACCAGUGACAGGAAAGUUAAUUGUCAAUAUGACUAUAAAUGGUGUAGGGUACUACAGGCACGAAGUGGGACACCCUGUCCUCAAGACCACCCAGAUUGAUGGCUCUGCUGUUUUCGAUGUGUGUGUGAAAGACAUGAUGCCAGCUGAUGUUCCAGAGCAUUUUCGAGGCACAGUCAAUAUCUGGGCCACAGUGAUCAGCUCUGAUGGGAGCAAGCAGGUUACAUUUGAUGACUCCACUCCUGUUCAGAAACAGCUGAUUGAUAUCAAGUACUCCAAAGAUACCAGAAAACAGUUCAAACCUGGACUGCCUUACAAAGGAAAGGUAGAAGUCACUUACCCUGAUGGAAGUCCAGCUGACAGAGUCACUAUCCGAAUUAAAGCUGAACUGACCCCAAAGGACAACGUUUAUACGAGUGAACUGGUAUCAAGGAAUGGCCUGGUGGAGUUUGAAAUCCCCUCCAUCCCCACAGCUGCCCAAUACGUCUGGCUGGAGACCAAAGUGACAGCGAUCGAUGGGAAACCUUCUGGGGAUCAGUAUCUGCCAAACUACUUGUCCAUCAGUAGCUGGUACUCGCCCAGCAAGUGUCACAUCCAGCUCCAGGCACCAGAUAAGCCUUUCCAGGUGGGAGAGGAGGCUUGGAUUGCAGUGAAGUCCACAUGUCCUUGCAACUUCACUCUGCAUUAUGAAGUGGCAUCGAGAGGCAACAUUGUCCUUUCAGGACUGCAGCCCAGUAACAUCACCCAGCAGAGGAGCAAAAGAGCUACCUUUCCCUUUGAGAAGAACAUUGAUAUCACACAUUUCCCAGAAACAGCACCUCCCAGUGUCCCUGCAGCAGAGGUUGAAGUCUGCGUGACGUUCCUCCGGUUCCCAGUAGCUCACAACAUGGCGCCCCUGGGCCGCCUCCUGGUCUACUACGUCAGGGAGAACGGAGAAGGGGUCACAGACAGCCUGCAGUUCACUGUGGAGUCCUCCUUUGAAAAUCAGGUUGCUGUGACUCUCUCGGCAAAUGAGACCAGACCUGGUGAUGUUGUGAACGUAAAGGUCAGAGCUGCAAAAUCAAGCUGUGUCUGCAUUGCCACUGUGGAUAAGAGUGUCUAUCUGCUGAAGACAGGUUUCCAGCUGACAGCCAGUCAGGUUUUUCAAGAGCUUGCAGAGUAUGAUGUGUCUGAUGCUUUUGGAGCUCCAAAGGAGGAAGGGCACUUCUGGUGGCCAGGCAUGUCCUCACGUAGACGCCGUAGAUCUUCUGUCUUUCCCUGGCACUGGGACAUCACCAAGGAUGCUCGCUUCGCGUUUACAGAAACUGGCUUGGUUGUGAUGACUGAUCUAGUCAGCUUGAACCACAGGCAGAAUGGAGGCAUGUACACAGAUGAGGCUGUCCCAGCUUUCCAGCCACACACGGGGACGUUGGUGGCUACACUGCAUUCUAAAAUAGCACCAAGCAGAGCAGAGAAGAGGAAAAGAACCUUCUUUCCUGAAACAUGGAUUUGGCACUGCCUCAAUGUCAGCAGUAUCUCAGGAGAAGCGCAGCUGCAAGUGGAAGUGCCAGACUCCAUCACCACGUGGAUAACUGAAGCUGUGGCUCUGUCUGAAGAGAAGGGUCUGGGCAUUGCCAGGCAAACAGAACUGAAGACAUUUAAACCUUUCUUCAUUGACUUCACCCUGCCCUACCACGUCAUCCGGGGAGAACAGACCAAAAUCCCACUGACUGUCUACAACUACUUGGCUGUCUGUGUAGAGGUCCAUGUGAAGAUCUCUGUUCCAAAAGGCAUAAAGUUUGUUGGGCAUCCUGGGAAACACCACCUGACAAGGAAGAAGUGCGUUGCCCCCGGGGAAGCUAAACCCACCUCUAUCGUUUUGUCCUUCAAUGAGCUGGGACUGAGCAACAUCACUGCAAAAGCUUUUGCUUAUGGUGGAACUAGCUGCUGUCAGGAUGGGAUGCAGACCUUAAAGAAUGGCAAGCACUUAGAGGACAAUUACCUGGACAAAAGGACCCCAGUGGGAGUGGAUUAUGUUCGCAGUAGUGUUAUUAUUGAGCCAGAGGGACUGUCCAGAGAAUACACCUAUAGCGUGUUCUUCUGCCCAAAUGAGAAAAUACACAUUUCUACACCUAACAAGUAUGAGUACCAGUACAUGCAGAAACCUGCCCAGAUGACACACUUUGAUGUUGCUGUCAAAGCUCACAAUGAUGCUCACCUGGCCUUGUCCUCUGGCCCUCACGACAUGGCAGAGAUGACUGAGAUUGUUAUUGGUGGACACCAAAAUACUAAAACAUGGAUUUCCACAAGCAAAAUGGGUGAGCCAGUGGUCAGCAGGGACACAGCUGGUAUCCUCUCCUGGGAUGAAUUCCGCAGCUUCUGGAUCAGCUGGAAAAACGGAAUUAUCCAGGUUGGCCAUGGUACUCGGGUGCUAAAUGAGUCUAUUAUUGUGGAGUGGACAGUCCCCAAACACCUUGAGGUGAAGUACAUUGGCUUUUCCACAGGCUGGGGGUCAAUGGGAGAGUUUAAAAUUUGGAGAAAAGAAGAGACUGAUGAAAAUCACAAUGAAGCAUUUACUCUUGGAGUUCCCCACAACAUAAUUCCAGGAUCAGAAAGAGCUACGGCUUCAAUAAUAGGAGAUGUGAUGGGUCCCACGUUGAAUAAUCUGGACAAGCUUUUGAGAUUACCCUUUGGAUGUGGGGAGCAGAACAUGAUCCAUUUUGCUCCCAAUGUUUUUGUCCUGAAAUAUCUGCAGAAAACCAAACAACUCAGUCAUGAGGUGGAGAGUGAAGCUACUGAUUACCUUGUUCAAGGCUACCAGCGCCAGCUGACCUACAAGAGGCAGGACGGGUCCUACAGCGCGUUUGGUGAGCGGGACUCCUCGGGGAGCAUGUGGCUAACAGCUUUUGUCCUCAAGUCCUUUGCACAGUCUCGUGGGUUUAUUUUCAUUGACCCGAAAGAACUCACAGCUGCCAAAGACUGGAUCAUCCAGCAUCAGAAAGAAGAUGGUUCUUUUCCUGCUAUGGGCAGGAUACUAAACAAGGACAUUCAGGGUGGAAUCCAUGGUAAGAUCUCCCUGACAGCUUAUGUGGUUGCAUCUCUUCUGGAAACAGGUGUCACUUCUGAGGAGGAAAGAUCAGCUGUUGAGAAAGCCAAGCACUUCUUAGAGUCCAACUUGUACUCAGCAGAAGACCCCUACACCACUGCCCUGACUGCCUACGCCCUGACGCUGCUGCACAGCCCCUCGGCCGCCGGGGCGCUGCGCAGGGUGAACAGCAUGGCUAUCACACAAGAUGGCUUCACACACUGGAGCCUGACAGGAACUCUUGUCACUGAUGAAGACACCUUCAUGGGAUUUAAUGAUGGUCUCUCUCAAUCAGUUGUUUCUGCAGAAGUGGAGAUGACAUCUUAUGCCCUUUUGACAUACACACUCCUAGGAGACGUGGCCUCUGCUCUCCCAGUAGUAAAAUGGCUUUCACAGCAGAGAAAUGCACUUGGAGGCUUCUCAUCUACUCAGGAUACCUGUGUAGCCCUGCAGGCUCUGGCUGAGUAUGCUAUCUUGUCUUAUGUUGGAGGAGUCAACCUUACCAUUUCCUUGGCUUCUACUAAUCUGGAUUACCAGGAGACAUUUGAGCUUAACAAGAUGAAUAAAAAAGUCCUCCAGACUGCAGUGAUUCCCAGUAUUCCGACGGGGCUGUUUGUGAGUGCCAAAGGUGAAGGCUGCUGUCUGAUGCAGAUCGAUGUCACUUACAAUGUACCUGAUCCUAUUGCCAAACCAGCUUUCCAGCUCCUGGUUAACCUGAAGGAGCCCAAGUCAGAGCAGCAUCUUCCAGCUCCACAUCUGCCACGGUCUGUGUCUCCGGACGAGAACCGCUCGGAAGCCCUGCACAGGGAGAGGGCACUGGGGGAUGAUGAUGACCCAGCUUCAGAUCAGGACCAUCGGGAAUACAAAGUCAUCCUGGAGACCUGCACUAGAUGGCUGCACUCUGGAUCUUCUAACAUGGCUGUCUUGGAAGUCCCACUGUUCUCAGGCUUUCGUGCAGAUAUUGAGAGCCUAGAGCAGUUAUUGAUGAACAAGCAAAUUGGAUUAAAAAGAUAUGAAGUGGAUGGAAGAAAAGUCCUGUUUUAUUUUGAUGAGAUUCCCAGCCAGUGCAUGACCUGUGUCAAGUUUCAAGCUUUCCGAGAGCAUAUUGUUGGGAAGACAGCUCCAGUUCCUAUCAAAGUGUAUGAUUACUAUGAGCCAGCUUUUGAAGCAACUCGUUUCUACAAUGUGAGUGAGAACAGCCCCUUGGCUCGGGAGCUCUGUGAUGGGCCAACGUGCAACGAGGUGGAAAGCUCAGCCAGCCAGUGGGUUGGCUUUGUUCACUCUGGACCAUGCAAUAACAUCUUUGGCUGCUUGGAGGAUGAGUAUUUUGAGCAGUGCAUGUGCUCAAGAGACUGUGGCUAUGAUGGGGAGCCUGUUUGUGGAUCAGAUGGACACAUUUACCCCAACCAUUGCCAGAUGGAAGUAGCAUCGUGCAGGAACAACACAAGGAUAGAACAGAUGCCCAUGUCUCAAUGUUCUGCCUCCAAGAAUUUGCCAGAAGAAAGGGAGACACAUUCCCACCCAGCUGAGCAACCCAGUGUUCAACAAACUCCAGCAGCAGAGGAAGGGCCUCCACUACAGACAGAUCUGUCCUACUACUCCUAUGAGUAUGACCCAGACCCCUACGUGUCAGAAGCUGAUGUUUUUGAGGUUGUGGCAGAACUGACAACAACAAGCACGUUGAAAGAAGUGGACAAGAUUCAGGAAGUAGUGACCACAGUAGAAUGAAAUAUAUAAUUUAAAUAAAGAGAAGAGGCUCAGAAUCAACUCCUGUAUGAGUUUGUUCCUACAGAAGACCUGCUGCAGAACAGAAACUGAAUGAUGACUACUUCCUGAAGCACUCAGAACUGUAGGCUUUGCUGCCCCAUGGGGGGGGAUCUGGAGCACUAAGGGGGACACUCAGCAUUAUUUUUCUGUCAAUUUUCCUGCCUUUUGUGCAUCUUCUUUGGAGUACUUCCAAGGAUGGGUGACCAAUAUGCUGUGCCCUCUAGGUGAGAAAAAUAGGGGCUGGAAUUCAAACCUAUAGAUCAUUUCCAAGUGUUUUCUCUACUACCAGGAUAUUGCAAAUGCCAUUUCCUAGCUACAUUUAGGAGCUAAGUCCAGGCCUUGUGCUUAGCUGAACUGCUGUUUGAGGAAAGAUGGCUGAGAAGUUUUUUUCUCUUCAAUUAUAAUAAUAAAAAUCAGUGUGUUUUGCUAAUUAUGACAUAGCAAGAGGCUGAUCGUCUUCCCCAGCCUGUAAGUCUACUACACCCACAACAUUGUCCCACAAAAGAAGAACUUCCCUAGUGGCUCUGUGGUCAGGGAAGUUGUGGGGAGAUACAAUUUUACAAGAGAACACUGAAGUCCAGUGUCAGGGCUGAAAGACUUGGCUGUGGAUUCAGGUGGGGAGUUUGCCAGGAGCAGCUGGGACAAGGAUUAAGUGGGUGAACCCUCUUCAUGCUGCACUUUGUGCUAGUAAGGGCUGCUUGCAGCCUUCUCAGUCCCUCUCCUCCUUGCAACCCUGGCAUGAAAAAAAAGCUGACCCAAGGGCCCAGGCCUUUUAAAUCCUUCCCUGACUUCACCAAACACUUUCCUGCCUUUCCCACUAGGAUCCCUAUGCAAUGGUUGUUCUGGAUAUGAUGGUUAUAUAGACCCUGGCUCUGCUGGCCAGUACAAAUCCCUGGACUCCCUUACACUGACCUGCCCCAAGCAAUGUGGUAAAACUAAAAACAAAAGCUUUGUGUUUCCAAAAGUUCAGGAGCCAAGAUUUUUUGGUUUCCCUUCCUGCCUGGAGCAGCAUUGUUCUCUUUAGAGGAGUUAGAUGCCAUUGCCUGUUGCAAAAUAGUGUUAAUAUUUUAUCUUCCCACUUCUAUUGUUACCAGGACCCAGAGUGGGGUGGAAACUCCUUUUGAGGGUGUUUAUUGGUGAAUGGAAACAGGAAAAAGCCCAGCUCCAUUCAUUUUUAGGGCUUGUUUACACAGGAACCAUGACAAGAAUACAUCCCAGUAUAGACAUUCCAUUCCAGAAUAAAGGCAAUUUUAUUCCAGAAAAAUGUCCACAUGGAGACAAAACAGGAGAUAUCCCAGAAGCUGGGCAUAUGAAGUUUCCAAUGUUUUUUUGUCUGAGGCCAGUUAUUUGCAGAAUGUAGUUGACAUGAUGAAGGUCUGAGUCCUGAAAUUCCCAGGAAUUUCAGAACUGCUUUGCUGGCCAGUUUCCAAGCCUUCCUUCGUGGCUGCCCUGAGCUCAACGUGGCUGCUGCCCAUAUGUACCCACUGCUGCCCAGCAGAGGGUUUUGCCAUGUCUCUCCAGUGUUCAGGAACAGCCCCUGUCCUCUCUGGGGCUGCAUUCCUGUCUGGCAGGUAAAUAAAUGCCUUUAAACUAAAUUCCAUCUCCUGUAAGCAACUGGCCUGGCAGACACUGGCUAUUGUGUACACACACAGGACUGAGUCAAUAUUUAUCCCUUGGGUAAAUAACAGACCUAGUUUGAGCUGCAACAAGAGUUUUGGGGUGUUUGUUUUUUUUCCUUUUCUAAAUAUCAAAGCUGCAUAAUGCAAACCCUGCUGUUUACUGGUCCCAGCCUCAGCUGUUUAGUGCUUUGAGUCUGGGAGAAUGAGACAUUUAGUCACCCUGAUCAUAUCUGUGGGAGUAGCUUCUCACAGAAGAUGGGACCUGUGUUCUGGAUUCUCCAGUCUCCUGUCCUCUGCCCCUUUCUGGCUUUAGUUCCCUUGUCUGAUCUGUGGUGUAAUUCUGGAGAGAUAUUUGAAGUCAUUUUCUAUUCCUUGGUCCUCUCAGAUCCUUGGGCAGUCAGACAGCAUCACCACUGGGGACAAAGAGAUGAAGGUAGGGAGUUUCAGCCCAAUAUUAAACCUGACUUUCUUCAUUUUCCUCAGGCUCUGGUACAUGCAAUGUGCUAACUCCAGAUGCAGACAUUGCUGCCAGCUAAAUAAUUCCUCUGGUGGUGCCAGCCCAACAAUCAUGGCCUUGUCCUUUGGGCUCUGUAUGUGCCAGGGCACUCACCUGGUUGAGGCAGAGGAAUCUUGCUUCUAUUCUACAACUAGAAGAAAAGCCAGAGAGACCUGGACCACUCAGAAGGCAAAGACAGAGCAGCCUUAGACAGACCAGGACAGAGUGCAUGAGAUUUCUGUGCCAGGGUUUCUGGAUCUAGAGCCUCCCUUC